AUGUCUGAUCAUCACAGAAAUGAUGGCUACCAUUAUGGUACUAACUCUUUUUACCAUGAUUACAUGGGGACGGGAGGGAGUACUAGUACAUUUCCCUUUUUCGGUGGUGGUAACUCCUUGAUGUAUAAUCAACCAUCUGCAUCACAAAACUUAGCUGGAUCAUCAUCCGCGUACGAUCCCACCUCUUACAUGAGCUUCACUGAUUGUUUACAAGGAACAGCAGCAGAUUACAACAAUCUAUCGGGGGCUUUCGAUAUGUCUUGCAAUUCAUUGCCUGAUCAAUCUGUUUGUCCGGUAGAUAAUUCAUCAUCAGACAAAAAUACUACUUCUCUAGGAGAGGCUGCAGCUGGUGCUGCCACUACCAGUGCUGAAAAUCCCAGAACGCCGGUUUCUUCCUUGUCAUGUUCUUCAAAUGAGACUGGUGUAGAAGAGGAGUCUUCAAAAAGCAACACCACUGAUUUGCAGACAAAAGGGAGUGAAGAUAGGGAUGACAAGUCUAAGAAAUUGAACAAACCAAAAAAGAAAGGGGAAAAAAAGCCAAGAGAACCGCGAUUCGCGUUCUUGACAAAGAGUGACAUUGAUCAUCUUGAAGAUGGAUACAGGUGGCGAAAGUAUGGACAGAAAGCAGUCAAGAAUAGCCCUUUUCCAAGGAGUUACUAUAGAUGCACAAGUCAGAAAUGCAUUGUGAAGAAACGAGUUGAGAGAUCCUUUCAAGAUCCAACAAUAGUGAUAACUACAUAUGAAGGCCAGCAUAACCAUCACUGUCCAGCCACACUCAGAGGAAAUGCGGCCGCAAUGUUGUCACCUUCUUUUUUAUCGUCAAAUUCAGCAUCAUUGCCUACUUUUCCUCCAGAGUUCAUAACUCAUAUGCUUCCCUCAACUAGUAGAAACUACCAAAAUCCCCCUUACUAUCAAAACUUCAAUCCUCAGGAUCAGCAAUUCCAGCUUCCGCAUGAUUAUACAAACUUUUUUCAAGACAUGAACCCUUCAUUCAUGCACAAACCUGAGCCCUGAGAGCGUGCUUCUAUCAGUCAAUCAGAAACCCUCUUCAAUUCUUUAUUGGAGUUGAGUUUAUGUUUAUCAACUACUGAAGUUAGGAGCUACUUUACCUGAGUAUGGAUCACUUGAUGGCAUUGAGUGCAAGUUUCUGACUUGUUGAAAUGAGUAUGGGGUGGUUCUUGGUGGCCAAUGUCCUACUCCAUAAUUAUUCCAUAAAGAUGGAUGGCAGCCUUUUACUUCAGUUAAUCAAAGGCUUCCAAUAUAGGUGAAGGGAACUUAAAUGGGAGCAAUGGACAGUUAGAGAAUCAGGAUUUCUCUUGUUUCAACAAAAGGGGUUUGUGCCAAACUUAGUUGAAUUCAAGGCCUUACUUGUUCAUAUUCAACAAAGAGAAAACAAGGCCUUUGUUCAGUACUGCAGCUUAUGAAGAGGUGAUAAUUAAUGUCCCAAGUAAUAUUCAUUUGAUUUAAUGAUUUUCUAAGUUUUGAUGUUUAAUGUUUUUCUGUUAUCCUAAGUUCUGUAUAGUGUUAGAUUGACGUAAAUCUAUUUGUAGCCUAAUAUUGUCAUAUCGUUGCCAUUAUUUUCUGUGUGGAUUAAUCUUGUUACUA